GUUAACGUUAAAUAAUAUGAUAGAUUUAUUGUCGAAGGAUGAAAUUCUUUCAACGUUUAAUCGUGCAACAACUUUGAUAUCACAUAGAUUGAGUCUGACGUUUUCCUGCGAUCAGUGGUCCCGUUUCACGCGUCGUGGAAUGUCUUGAGCAUGGACAAGAAAGAAGGGGGAAAAAAAUGGCGAGGACGCCUCGCAGUCUGUACUGUUUGUGGUGUUACAAUUUUGACAAAUAUUGUGUGUUUUACGAGGAAAUGAAUUGUUUCAUUGAAUUUUUUGAUUGCGAUUAAGAUACUACGUUAGAAAUGUGAUAUUUGAAGCUAUAUUUACAACAACGAAAGAAACUUCACGCAUUUUUCUAUCGAAUAAGGCUGUGAAAAUGUCUGCUGAUUACAGUAGAUCUGUUUUAAGGAUGGUUGUUGCCCAAAUCUGCCAAACUAUCGGAUGGCAUUCAAUUAAUUCGACGCCAUUAGAAUUUAUGGUAGAUCUUAUGGAAGAAUAUAUUUUACGUAUAUCAAAAUUUACACAUCAAUAUGCAGAAGUUUUGGGAAGAAUAGAACCUAAUCUUGAUGAUUUAGGGUUAGCUUUUAAACAUAUGAAUAUUGAUAUACAAGAAUUAGCAGAAUAUGUAAAAAAUGUAGAUUCAGUUCCAUGUACUAUUGCUGUACCAAAAUUUCCUGUGAAACGUGAGAAUCACUUAAAUUUCCUAAAGCCAGGUAGUCGUGAAGUAGUUACUAGACCUGUACAUAUUCAUGAACAUUUACCAGCUAUGUAUCCAGAUACGGAAGAAGAGUACAUAACAGAUAAGCCUGAAAGUUUAACAAAUGGCAUACAAGAUGUAGCUUCUUCAAAUGGAACAUCAACACCCAGUUCAGUUGAUGUCUCUCCUCAUAGGAUGUCUCCUCAAGUAGUUUUUAAACGUCCAGGAGAUCCUGUUUCCUUUGAAAGUCCUAUAGUAAAACGCGCAAAGGUAUUAGAAGAAGGUAGACCGUUACGUGAGAUACACAGCGUAAUGAUGACUACAUCUGGUUUUUUAUCUCCUGCUCGGGAAGGAAAACUUCCAGAAGCAAGAACACCGCAUCAAACAUGUGCAGAUUCCCCUCAACCAAGUUCUUAUCCUAUGGUACCACCUGAGCUGAAAUGUGAUAAAAAACCAAAGAAGAUUAUAAAGAAAAUACCGGAGGACCGUAAACUUGAUAAAGAAAAUAAAAAGAAAAACAAAGCUAAAGAAUUAUUUAAACCAGAUAAAAUUGAUGACAGUAAAAUAAAAAAAUUAGCUGGUAUGAAAGAGUUAGCUAAAUUAAAGCCAUUAAAGCCAGGUGGUGGUAAAUCGCAAACUAACUUAGCAGGACCAUCCAGUAGACCAUCAACUCCAAAACUAAUACCAUCAAAAUCUACAGGUAGUCCAAAAUUACCUAAAACUAUUCAACUUAAAGCAAAACCAGAAAAAGUAAUAGAUUUGACAAGUAGUCCACCACUACCUGAAAGAAAAGAAGAUAAUAUCGAUAAGCUACCAUCAGAACCUGAUAAACAAAAAUUAAAUAUCUUCAAGAAAAUAUCUAAACCUAGAGAGGAUAAAGAGAAAGAAACCUUUGAACAACACAAACACAAAGAGCUUGAUUCGCGAGAAAGUUCUCCGGGUUUAAUUAUUGAUGAAAAUCUUGAAAAACAUAGUCAUAAAAAUGACACUGAGGUAAAGAGGGAAGAGAAGAAAACACCACAUACGCCAGACGUUCAUGUUCAUCCAGAUGGUGACUUGAUUGAUAUACAGAGUCCAUCCUCAGAUGUUUAUAUGUUUGAUGAUAUGUCACCUCCUGGAACUCCUAGUACACCUAAAACUCCAGAGCUUAAUGUUCCUACUCCUAUUGAUCAGAAAAAGAAAAAGAAGGAGAAGAGUAACAAAAAGAAAGAGUCCAAAAUAAGAAGUCCAAAACGUUGUGUAAGCCCGAAAAAGACAAAGCUUUCCAAUGAUGCUAUGGAAGUAGAUGUAAUGGAUAGGCCCAAAACUCCACAAGCACCUGAACCUCCAGUGCAUAGAGAACCAAAUCUUCCACCAACAUUACCAUUUCCAUUCUUUCCAACAUUUCCAACUGCUCCUGGUCUAAUACCUCAUCCAAUUACUCACCCAAUAUUUCCAAGGUUUCCGUUACCUCUAGGAAGAGGUGGACCUGGUCCACAUCCAGCAAUGCCGAAUUUACCUUUACCACCUCGUUUUCUUAAUCCAACUAUAAAACCAGAAGAUUUUGCAUUAUCAAAAAUGAAACCUGUGGAAUGUGAAAAAUCACCUAGGGAAAUAAUACCUCCUCUAAUGAAAUAUGACGUGAUAGAAAAGGAAAAAGCAGAUAAAAUUAAGGUGGUUAAACAAGAUAAAGAGAUAAUUUCACAUACUCCUGGAAAUAUAAUUGCACCGCCCAUUGUUUCUGCACCUGCUGCACCAAUUAUACCUAUUGCACCCGUACCUGUUGUGCCAUUAUUACCUUCAAAAAAAUCUAAAGUUGAUAAAGCUGAUAAAGUUGAUAAGAAAUCAAAAGAGCAUAAAAAAGAAAAGAAAGAUAAAUUAAAGAAAAAGAAAGAUAAAAAAGAGAAACAUAAAGAAAAGGGAGAGAAGGUAAAAGAGAAAAAAGACAAAGCUGAUAAAAAGGAAAAAGUAGAAAAAAUAAAAGAAAAGAAAGAGAAGAAGGAGAAACGAAAAGAGAAGGAAAAAGAAGAUAAAAAUGCAGAAGCUGUACCAAAAAUUACGUUGAAGAUAGGACCUGCAUCUCCAAGACCACCUACACCAGACAAUACAUUAAUGAAGAAAAUAACAAUUAAGCCGUUGUUGAAAAAACCAGAUGAAGAUACAAAAAGAGAACCUAGUCCAGAAUUGGCCAAAAUAUCAGCAUUGGUAACACGGCCGCCGAAGCAAAAGUCAGCAAGUAAGAAAAUAGAGGAGGGAACAUUAGAUGGCAGCCCUGCUCUUCCUGAUUCUUCUUUCUCUCUCAAUUUUGCUACUGUGCCACUUGCAACAGUUCCUCGAGCAAAAAAAUCUCUGUUUAAAAACCUACCCCAAAGAGAUCCAACACCUCCACCACACUUUGAUCCAUCUCCUAAGCUCCCAAGUCCUCUACUUACGCAACAGCAACCACCACCAUUUUACUAUGAUCAAGGAGGUCGUCAAGUAUGGAUAUGUCCUGCAUGUAAACAGCAGGAUGAUGGAUCACCCAUGAUCGGUUGCGAUGACUGUGAUGCAUGGUACCAUUGGGUAUGUGUGGGUCUACAAGUGGAACCAGCUGCAAAUGAAAAUUGGUAUUGUAGAUCUUGCAUUACCAAAAAACAGGAACUUUAUCACGAUAAGAAAAAGAAGAAAAGGAAGAAAAAAGUGAAAACAGCAGCCUAGUACAAGCUAACCGGAUCUUCUAUGAGGUCCGGUAUGACAGUCGCAACUAGUACCAAAGUUAAAUUGAAGGAGAACAAAAUGAAAGGCUUAAAAAAUAAAAAAGUGUCUAAAACAGAUGUAAAAAUGCAAAUGAAGUCUCUAAAAGGUAAACCUAUUACAGCUAAAGGAAAAGGCACAAAAAAUUUAAUUAAAACGAAAACUGUUAAAAAAAAAAAUAAGAAAGCAAAAGAUGAUGCAAUCCAAUUACAUUGAAAAUAAUGAAACUGAUCUUUUUCCAAAAUAUUGAAUACGGAUAUAUUUAUUAUAUAAAUUUAAUAUUUUCCUUACAAAUUUCAUUUUCGUAACUUUAUAGGUACUUGCCUUUUCUUACAGCGAAUUUAUUUUACAGCAAAGAAAUUGGAAUUGAAUCAUCAAAUUAGUAUAAUAUAGAAUAGUUUAUGCACGAACUAAUAGUUGUUUUAAAAUACCUAAAUAUUCGUUUAAAUUCUAUAAAAUUGCAAUAAUUAUUUAGCAUGUAACAUAUUUUAUAUUUUAUGUAUCUAACAUGUUUACCUAAUAGGAAAGAAAUCUUUGCAAAAUAAUGUAUUAGAUACUGUUACUUCUUAUUUAUACGGAUUAUGUUAAUGUAUUGUAUAAGAGAAGAGCGUGCAAAGAUAUAUAUGAAAAUAAAACGAGAAACGUAGAGAACUUAUUUUAUAUUAGCUUUUUGUUAUAAUCUACAUGCAAGCAAAUAUAUUUCAAAAUGCAUCAAAUAUUUUGUACAAAGUUUGAAGAAGUCUCAUAAAUACCACGAUUGUUUAUAUAGACACUUACAAGAAAUGGGAUUAUAUUCCAUUUCAGACUGGUUAAAUAAUAUAGGAUGUAACAUAAAAUUUGAACAUGUGUAAAAUAAAAGCCGAAGCGCGCGUAGAAAAACUUGUUAAAUAAAUAGAAUGAAUCAGUGAUAUAAAUGCUGGUCAAAAAAGUUAUAAGGAUCAUAAUAUGUGAAAUGUUUAAAUAUACUAUAAUCUAUGAGAGAUAAUGAAAGAUAAAACAUGAAGCAAGUUAUGAAAUUGUUCGAUAUAUAGUAAUAUUACAUAUAUGAACAUUUCACAUAUUUUGAAAAGAAAUUGAUAUCACUAUUGAUGAGGUAUUUAAAUGAAUAUCCUAAAGUUACUGAGAGAGUUCAUACAAAACAAGAUAAUAUAUGUUGGUAUUUAUUUGUAAUUUUAUAUGACUGAGAAGAUAAAUAACAAAGAUAUCUAACUCCUUUUACUUGAUUACAUUACAAUGAUGGCAUACAACCUUCGUCAAAUCCAUUAAUUUAUAAAAAAGAAAAAGAAGCAUUGCAUCUCAUAUGUAAUGCUAUUUUACUCAGUCAACUUUUAUAAUACUAGAUCUAAUAAGAAGAAAUAAUAGGAUAUUAAUAAAAGGGAGAUAAUUAUGCUAAUGUGUAUAUAUGCAAAUAAAUAAGAUUUACAAAAAUGAGCUCAAUGCAAAAUGUAAUUAUCUCUGUAACAUUUAUUUAUUGCUUAUAUUCAUUUCUUUUUGUAUGUAGGAAAUAAUGUGUAAUGUAUACUAUAUGCAUUUUUAGCAAAAUAAUCUGAUCAUAUAUAAGUUUGUGAUAAUUAUUUAUCUAUAUACACAGCAAAUAUUGUAGCUUAUAUAUGAAAAUUGAACUUAUAUUGAAUUAAUUUCUUUUUUUUUUUUCUUUUUCUUUUUUUUUUUUGGGCAAAAAAUUCGAAGACUUGUGUGAAUUAAUAUUAUCUUUGGUGAAACAUAAAAAUACCUUUAAUCGUACUUUUCAUGGUUCAAGCUUUAAAAAACAUAGUAAGCGUUUUUCUGAAAUUUACAUUAUCAUAAGUAUGUACAUCCUUUGUAAAAUCAUAAAUUUCUGUGUGUUCAAAAUAUCAUUGUACAUUUAUGUAUUAAAUUGUGUAAAACAACAAUUUAUAAUAUACAAUCGAUUUAAAUUGUUACUGCAAAACACACAAGUAAUAUAAAGACAUUUAUUUUGUAAUAUACAACUGAGAUGUGUAAUAGUUCAAGUUAAAAAUAUUCUAAAUAUACAAACAGUAACAUAAUUACUACUUGUCUAAGAAGAGUGUACACCUUGUUCAUUGAACAUUGUUACAUAAUGGCACAUAUGUAUUUUGUACAUUAUUCAUUUUUGAAAAUGACAGAAUAAUAUAAAAUAAACAUCUUAAUGAUGGGCUGCCAAUAUAAAACAGGUAUUCCUUCCUUGUUUUACUAUGUAAAAAUAAUUGUACAAUAGCAAUCAGCUGUAUUUGCUCAUUUUCUGUGAUUAAAUAAAAAUAAUUUCUUUAAAUAUAGAAUUUAAUCACAAUACAAUAAGGUAUCUAAAUAAAUACAAUGUGUCAUUGCUGGAAGAAAUAUAAUAAAUAAUUAUAUAGAUUUGUGCAUUAAUAAUAUACAGGAUCUCUCUUUAGCAUAGAUUUGAAAAUUCUACGAGUAUGUUAUUCUAAAACAUAUCUCAGAAACAUGAUUUUUAUAUUUAUUUAAUACAAUAAAAAUGAGAAGAAAAAAAAUCAGAUUGUUAACUAAGGAAACAAAUAUGUUAACAGAAGAGUAUUGUCUUAACACAUAUCUAUUUUGCUCUUUGUAGGGGGUGCGUUUAAUCCACCUAUGUCACCCGAUUCAAGUUGUUUCAAAAGACGAAAUAAUGCUGCUGCUUCUCUAAUACGACUAAAUUCAAUACAAAAUGCUUGUACCUCAAUAAAUAACUCUUGAACAUUAA